AUGUCUGAAUGUAUACUUCCAACCAAUAAAGAAGUUCAUACAAGAAUUGAUAAUACAAUUACACCAUAUCUUCCACUCGGUGAAUAUGUUCAAUGUGGCCUUUAUUGUGUUGCACAAAUGUUUAUGAAUAUCGAAGAAAUCAAAACUAUUUGUAAUGCACAACAUGAAAAUGAAAAACAUAAAUUUAAUCAAUUAAAUGAACGUUUAAAUUUGCUUAUCGAUCAUGUGAAACGACUGGAAUUACAAAAUGCCGAAUAUACUGAAAAAUUAGCCCUACUUCGACGAGAAUCUUCCGAUGUCGAAUUUGAUGAGCGUUAUAUACAAUUAGAAACUGAUCUUAAAACCGUUAACUACAAGAAAAUUGACCAUGAAUUUGAAUAUCAACACUUUCAAAUACAUAGUGAUAUAUACCAACAAUUAAUGUAUGGUAUGACUCAAUUUCAAGACCAAAAACAAAUCAAAUUACAAGAAGAACUAAAUCAAUCAUCGUGUACAUUGACUGGUCUACGUAAAUCUUAUACAGAAUUAGAAAACCAAAUCAGAACUUAUCAUACAGAACGUGAUAAUACUCUACAACAAUAUCUUAAAGUAACAACUGAUUGGGGACAUUGUAAAAAGCAAACUAGUCAAGUAAAAAUUAAUAUACAAACAUUAAAAAAUCAACAUGUCUUUUAUAAGAAUAUUCAUUCUUUUAUAUCAAAGAAUUCAUUUACAGCAGCAGUAUUUGAUGUAAAACAAUAUUGGACUCUAAAAUCAGAGAAAAUUCUUGCAAAUAUUCGUCACGAUUAUGAAUUAUUAUAUGCGUCAAUUUAUCAAGAAAUAAAUAUUUACUAUGAAAAAAGAAUGAAAGAAGUACAAAUUUCAUUUGAGCAAAUAAGUGUUGAACAAAAGAAAUAUUAUCAAGAAAUUGAAAGUACAAUUAUAAAAGCGAUGCAAGAAAGAUUUCAAAUAGAAUAUGAAGAAGUCCAACAAAUGUAUACCAAAGAAAAAGAACUUAAAUUAAAAUUAGAAGCAAAUAUUUCUAGUUUAGAAUCUGAAUACGAAUUAAUUAAAGUUGAAAAUGAAGAAAAAUAUGAAGCACAAUCAAAAGAUCUACAUCUUUUACAAGAAAGUAUCUUAAGCAUGAUAAAUGGUAUUGAACAGAUGAGAGAAAGAAAAACUAAUUUAGAAAGUGAACUUAUUAUCUAUCGUAAUCUAUUAGAAUAUGAUCCUGUAGAGAAAUCAGUUAUUAUAGAUUCUCCCCCAUUAAUUACAACUACAACAGUAAAAACAUUCGCUAUAAAACAACAAAAAAAAGACUGGAUAAGUAUUGAAUGUCCUCUUGAUAAUACAUAUGUAUGUUUGAUAAAUCAUUCAACAAAUAAAGAUAUCAAUAUUUCUGGAUGGAUAAUAAAACGACAUGUUGAUCCAACAUUGGAAUAUGAAUAUAAAUUGCCCAAUGGUAUACAUCUUCCGCCAGGUGGUGAAUUAAAAAUUUAUUCGACAUUAGGUAAUGCUGCUGCACAGUUCUCAUCAAAUUAUGAGAGCAUUUGCUCAUCAUUACAUCAGAAGCUUAUUAUUAAUGAUUUACUUUCAUGGAUUACUGGUGACAAAAUCGAAAUAUGUCUGUUUGAUGAGAAUGGGAAUUAUAAAGCAUCGUAUAUACAAACGUUUGCAUCCGAAGAAAUAGUAUCUGCUUAA